AAUAGCUUCCCCUCUAAUGGCUUUUGCCCUGGAAGCAGCACGUCCCAACUCCAGCCAGAAGCAGCUCACCCCAGCAUGAGGGCUGCUGACCUGCUUGUGGUCAGGGCAGCACGCCUUUGCCUUAGCCUCCUGCUUCUGCUCUCCUCCCCGCUGGACCGAGGUGUGGGAGCCAGGGAGCUGAGGUUUGUGACAUUGGUUUUUAGGCAUGGAGACCGAAGUCCCAUCGAAACCUUUCCUAACGACCCUAUUAAGGAAUCCUCUUGGCCACAAGGAUUUGGCCAACUCACUCAGCUGGGCAUGGAGCAACAUUAUAAACUUGGAGAAUACUUAAGGAAACGAUAUGAAACCUUCUUGAACGAGUCCUAUAAACAUGAACAGGUUUAUGUUCAAAGCACGGAUAUUGACCGGACUUUGAUGAGUGCUAUGACAAGCCUUGCAGCCCUAUUUCCCCCGGAGGGUAUCAACAUCUGGAAUCCCAACCUACUCUGGCAGCCCAUCCCAGUGCACACAGUCCCUGUUUCUGAAGAUCAGUCUUUCAUGGAAAGCUUGCCAAAACUUACAGGAUACCAUCACCAGGACCUUUUUGGAAUUUGGAGUAAAGUCUACGACCCUCUGUUUUGUGAGAGUGUUCACAAUUUCACUUUACCCUUCUGGGCCACAGAGGACACCAUGACUAAGUUGAAAGAAAUAUCAGAAUUGUCUCUCCUGUCCCUCUAUGGAAUUCACAAGCAGAAAGAGAAAUCUAGACUGCAGGGGGGUAUCCUGGUCAAGGAAAUCCUCAAUCACAUGAAGAGUGCAACUCAGCCAUCAAACCGCAGAAAACUCAUUAUGUAUUCUGCACAUGACACUACUGUGAGUGCCCUACAGAUGGCGCUAGAUGUUUACAACGGAAUCCUUCCUCCCUAUGCAUCCUGCCACUUGAUGGAAUUGUACUUUGAGAAGGGGGAGUACUUCGUAGAGAUGUACUAUCGGAAUGAAACGCAGCACGAGCCACACCCCCUCACGCUGCCUGGCUGCACCCCCAGCUGCCCUCUGACCAAGUUUGCUGAGCUGGUUGCCCCUGUGAUCCCCCAAGACUGGUCCGGGGAGUGUACCACGAGUGACAAUGAAGGUACGGAGGACGCUGUGGAUUAGGGUGCUCGUGCAGCUCUGCAGGGAGGGCAGAACACCCUUUCUCCAGGCAGAUGGUGCUUUGAGAAUAUAAGCUGGCCUCACCCCCAUAUUUGAGGGAAAUAGGAUAUGGGCAAUAAUCGUAUGUUUCAGAGACCUCAACUUCAGGCAACUCCUACCUCUUGACCUGGCCCUGCCCCUACCUGCCAUAAACCUUGUCAACCUACAUAAACCCAGGAGGCAGUAAUCGCGCAGAAAGCAUUUACUUGGGAUCAGAGAAUUGCAAUUUGGGGAACAUGGAUCAAACUGGAACACAAUUAGAAAUGUAAGAACGCUCUGAGUAUCUCCCAGAAAAAAAAACUUAUUGGAAUGUUGAAGUGUGGGUGUGAUAUCUGUUCUGAGGACAAAAGGAAUGUGUAAGGCUUUGAUUCUGGUAUCUUCAGAAAACCUAAGCAAACUCACAGGUCCUGCUGGAACCACUUAUUAUAAAAGAAGAAAUUGUAUUCAAAUAACACUCUUUAGAGUCCUAUAGAUUUGCCAUGUGCAGACACAACACGCCUAGAGAACACCAUGUGACAUUAGCAGCACGAAUAAAGAUGAAACGGUUUCUAGAGAUGGUUUCUACUGGUUGCCAGAGUUUAGAGCAAAGCCAUUCUCUCCUAGUUGGUCAUGGGAUGCCUGAUAUAAGAUAUCAAUUGAAAAAAAAAAGAUAUCAAUUGUUGUGUUUAUUUGUGUUACUUCCUUUCCAAGUAAAUAUUUGGCCUUGGGGCCAUCAUUUAACUAUCCUUUCUCCUCCACACAUGUAAGCCAAAUGUAAAAUAAUGAAUAAAGUCAUUUUAGGAGGUUCAAAAGCAUUCCUUUUAUCAUGCUUUUUUAAAAAAGUGUGUGUGUGUGUUUACUUAGAAUUAAAUUCCUGAAGGACAGAUUUUAGGGACUCUAUUUUUGUUUGGGGUUUUAUUUUAAUGUAACAAGAGGGAAAAUACCCAUGUCAAUGUAAAGUAAAAUGACUUGACUGGUUUAAAUGAAUGUUCUAAAUUAAAAAUGUAUUUAGUUUGGACUUUGCUACUUCAGAUAAAGGCUAAACUGAUGGCUGGCUCUGCCUCAUCUAUUUAAGAUGGAACUGGCUAAGAAAACAACCUCUAGAAAUUUACAGUGCAGUGGGGAAGUAAAGAGGUACAUAUUACAAAGAGCAGCAAAGGUUAUGAGUAAGGACUCCAGGGGUUGCUAUGGGAAUAAGAGUCACCUGAAUUUGGAGGGAAGGAGGAAGUAAAGAGUGACAGGGUAGGCUUCUGACAAGGGUUGACAGCAUAUGGCAUCAGUUUGGAUGGAGGUUUCUUCUUUUUUUUUUUAAUUAAUGUUUUGACUUCAUUGGGUCUUCGUUGCUUCACACGGCUCUCUCUGAUUGGGGUGAGCAGGGGCUACUCUUCGUUGAGGUGCUUGGGCUUCUCAUUGUGGUGGCUUCUCUUGUUGCAGAGCACGGGCUCUAGGUGCACGGGCUUCAGUGGUUGCAGCAUGCAGGCUUCAGCAGUUGUGGCACGUGGGCUCAGUAGUUGUGGAGUGUGGGCUCUAGAGCACAGGUUCAGUAGUUGUGGCUCGUGGGCUUAGUUGCUCUGCGCAUGUGGGAUCUUCCUGGACCAGGGAUCGAACCCAUGUCCCCUGCAUUGGCAGGCGGAUUCUUAACCACUGCACCACCAGGGAGGUCCCGGAUGAGGUUUCUUCUAAUGGUGUGGUACAAGGUGCUAAAAAAGGCCUUUAUCAAAUGCACUAGCGGCUUGAAGCUGAAAAGGAUAGGGGAGUUACUUGGCAGAAGAUUCAGGGUCCAAAGAGAUUCCCAUAGGUUUCCUGCAAGGGGCAGUUUUAAUGAGAUAAAGUGUCAUGUCCGCAGGAACAAGGAUUUUUAUUUGCGCUGUUCUCUCCUGCACUGGUUCUCAGCACCCAGAAGUGCCUGUGCCUGGCAUGGAUUAGUGCUCGAUACAUGUUUGCUCAUGAAUGUAUAAAUGAGUUACCUUUCCUCCCUGAACCUACUCUUUCUAGCUUGAUGAGCAGUGAUACCCAGUAACCUGGGAUUAUCAGGUCAUCACUCUCUCCUUCAUUCUCCACAGCCAUCUCUCACCUCUUCUUAUCAAAUCUACCUGCAGUGCGUUUGUAGAAUUCUUUUCCUCAAAACACCAACAUCAACAAUCCAAUACCCAAGUAGAAUGAAAUGUAAUUAAGCAGCAACCUACGUUAAUAAAAAGAAAACUUAGGAACUGGUGUGCUGGAGCUGGCUCAUGCAGAUCUCAAGAGUGGAAAAUAUGCAUCACUUCCCAACUCUGAGUUCAGUGACUUCACUUUGGCAGUUUGAAAUUGGUCAUGGUGUCAUGCGAGAGGAUUUUCAUCACAGAAAUCAGCAUGAGCCACAAAUUAGAGGUUUGUUGUUUUUUCAACCCAGUUUACCAGCACACCACUGGUGUUAUCUCAUAGAAAGUUUGUAACACAAGGUGGUCUCCAACAAAGUGAAUUCAGUAUUUAAACUUCUUUAAGGAAGAAGGAUUGGAUUUUUUUCUACAUGGUCUCAAAGAGUGAUGUGAGGGGCAGCAGGUAAACAUUUCCGGAAGCCAGGUUAUGUUCAAUGUUGGGAGAUCCCUGGGUCCAGAAGUGUCCAUUGGGGUGGAUGCUCACUUGUCUUGGCAGAGACUCUGUAGAGCAGGCUGAAGCACGGAAGGUGCAGGGGUUGAAUGACUCUUUAGUAGGGCCACCAGAUUUAGCAAAUAAAAGUACAGGAUGCCCAGAUAAAUUUGAUAAAUAGCUCUAAAUGCUAAAUUUUUAUAAUUUAUUGAAAAAAGAAAAAAGCUGAAUUCAAGAUAUUGACAGUGCCCUGAGAAAGCCAGUAGAGGAAGCAGUACAAAACCAUGAACAGGACAUAUCCUGUAUAUACAGAAUGCCUGACAUCCCUACUCCUUAGGGUAUUUCCAUCCAUGAAAUUCUACUUAUACCUAUGAGCGCUGUUUUCACCUGGUGCUGGUAGACACAAUUAACUUCAUGCGCAUAACAAUUAAAUUAACCAGAGCCUUUGCUGGGAAAUUCAUGUCUAAGUUCCAUACUAUGUUACUUGAAAAGAAUAAAAUUCUGUUUUUAGAAAAUGCUGCUUUAAUUCCAAAAGGUUACUAACACAGUCAGACUUUCUUCACUAGCUCUCUCCCAACCCCACCUUAGUCUCCAACUCCAGUUCUUUGGUACGAAAGAGAUUUACUGGCAGGAAGUUCCAGUUUCCCCUCGUGAUCUAUGUAAAGCUGAGAAUCUGUAGCACAUAAACACAUGCCCAAGAUUUAAACAUGAGCUUCUUACAGGCAGGAUCCAUACUGUUUUUCCUCUUGAAUCUUCAGCCAGUAAGCAAUGCCCAGAACCUGAUGCCUUUAAUCAAUAUUUGCUAAUUGAAUAAAUGUUCUACCCUC